AUGAGUGCUGGGGAAAAUGAAAAGGACCUCAACUCGCCUCCUGGUCUGGAGACUGACCCUCCUUUAGCUGGCAGCCCAGUGCUCAGUCCAGAUUCCAGUUCCCAUGAUGCUGCGCUCUCUGCCCCAGCAGCUUCCCCGGCGGACUCCGAGAACCUCAGUCCAGAUGAGCUUGAGCUUCUGGCCAAACUGGAGGAACAGAACAGGUUGCUAGAAGCAGAUUCCAAAUCCAUGCGCUCAAUGAGUGGAUCUCGGAGGAAUAGUGGCUCCUCUCUGGUGUCAAGCUCAUCCGCAUCUUCUAACCUGUCCCAUCUGGAAGAAGACACUUGGAUCCUGUGGGGACGGAUUGUCAAUGAGUGGGAUGAGUGGAGACGAAAGAAAGACAAACUUCUGAAGGAGCUAUUAAGGAAAGGCAUUCCUCAUCAUUUCCGAGCAAUCGUUUGGCAGUUAUUAUGUAAUGCCACUGACAUGCCAGUAAAGAAUCAGUACUCUGAACUGUUAAAGAUGUCCUCACCCUGUGAGAAACUCAUACGCAGAGAUAUUGCGCGCACAUAUCCAGAACAUGACUUCUUCAAAGGCCAGGACAGCCUGGGACAGGAAGUUCUGUUUAAUGUCAUGAAGGCAUAUUCUCUUGUGGAUCGUGAAGUUGGUUAUUGUCAGGGCAGUGCCUUCAUCGUAGGAUUGCUACUUAUGCAGAUGCCGGAGGAGGAGGCUUUCUGUGUGUUUGUCAGACUAAUGCAGGAGUACAGGCUCAGAGAGUUGUUUAAACCCAGCAUGGCUGAACUGGGUCUGUGCAUCUACCAGUUUGAACACUUGCUCCAGGAGCAGUUGCCGGAGCUGAACGUUCAUUUCCGUUCUCAGAGUUUCCAUACAUCUAUGUAUGCCUCAUCCUGGUUUCUCACUCUGUUUCUCACCUUCCUACCCCUGCCAAUAGCUACACGUAUUUUUGACAUCUUUAUGUAUGAGGGUUUGGAGAUCAUAUUCCGAAUUGGAAUAGCGAUAUUGCAGUACAACCAGACAGACCUCAUACAGCUAGACAUGGAGGGAAUGUCACAGCACUUUCAGAAGGUGAUUCCGCAUCAGUUUGAUAGCUGCCCAGAUAAACUGAUCCUGCGGGCUUAUCAAGUCAGAUACAAUCCCAAGAGAAUGAAAAAGUUAGAAAAGGAGUAUACCACUAUCAAGAACAAAGAAAUGGAGGAACAGAUUGAAAUUAAGAGACUACGUACAGAAAAUAGACUACUGAAGCAGAGGAUUGAGACACUGGAAAAAGAGAGUGCUGCAUUAGCAGACAGGUUGAUUCAGGGUCAGGUGACUCGAGCCCAGGAGGCAGAGGAGAACUAUGUUAUUAAGCGUGAACUGGCUGUGGUUCGGCAGCAGUGUUACACAGCUAGUGAGGGUCUGGAAAAGGCACAGGACACCAUUCGUGAACUUCAGCAACACAAGGUAACAGCAGAUGAAUAG